ACUAGUCAGACUAAGAAUAGCUUCAGUUGUAGGAACCUGACUUACCUGUUUACCUCAAUUGAUAUCUAUUCCAAAAUAGCAACCAAUUGUUUAGUUGGUCUAUGCACCACGCUGCGGUAGGCACCUAGAGUGCAUUAGUUCAGAUCAUGUACAGGUUUGUAGCUUAUGAGCGACGAGGAGGACACCGGGGAGGACGACCGGAGGAUCUUGCGAUCAGCUAGAGGCCCGAUAGCCCACUUGUCUUUAGGACCGGAGGGUGAUAGGAUUCCGUUCCACCGGCUUUGGGAGAGGCAGCAGCAGCAGAGGAUGGCUAGAGCAGCAGAGGCUAGCAGGUCACUCGUGAGUGAGUCCGCAGCUUCGGAAUCCAUCUCCACCUCAGCAAUGCAGACUUCUCAAGCCGGUAGUUCAGGGUUUGUCGGGUCAACGGUCGCGCAGACCGUGGUACAAUCCACUGGCGUAAUGGCGAGCCAGCCAUUGGUGUUGACCCCUGAUGAGAUCGCCAUACAGGAGGCAGUCCUCCAGGAGGCACAACUACAAAAUGCUUUAGGAAAGAUAAAAGCGGAGAAAGAAAAGAUGAUCAGAAGAAGCGCCAGGAUGCAACGCAGACAAAAGGACGUUAGUGAGUUAGAAGAAAUGGAUCUGACGAAUGUGCCUGAAGAUGUGAGACUUGUACGGUCGGUCCUGCUGAAUGUAGUAGAGAUGCAGGACCAUCAGACAACCAUCCUCCAGGAUAUCCAGCAAAGUCUGGCCUUGUUGGUUGGGCGAACGCAGACCACGUCGCCAAUGUUCGGGCCUGGUGCCUGGCCCGUUGCACAUCCUCCUCCUUUUGUCCCACCGGUGACUGGGGUAUCCCCAUAUGUAGCUCCAUCAUCGGUUGCGAUAAUUUCCCUGGGCAUGCCGCUGUCAGGAGGGGUAGCAGCAGGAACUAGUUUGCAGGUUCCUGUUCAGACAGUGUACACCCAAACUCCGUUGCAGGUUGUAGUCACCACGCAGCUUGCUGUCACGCAGCCUGUGCAGCCGCAAGGCACACAACCCCAGCAGUUGGCACAGCAACCUGUGUCACAGGGUCCACAGCCCGUGGUGAUGCAGGGACCGGGACCGACACAGUGGGUCCCAAAGACGGCCAUCCCCGCUCCCAAACCUUUCACAGGGGAUAAGAGGGGCGAAGACCUCGACACAUGGUUGAGGGCAGUGCCGGUCUAUGUCAGGUGCAAACUUACCUUGCCGCAUGAAGAAGUGUUUGUGGCUGCCUCCUACCUAGAGGGUAGUGCAGCAAGAUGGUUGAGUGGUUUAGUACAACUCCAGGGGUAUGGUCAUGACUUCCACGUUUGGGCGGCCUCCCAAAAAUUGGAGGACUUCCUGAAGAUGGUGGAGGAAAGGUGGCAUGAUCCUCAGGAGGCCCAAAGGGCCACUGAUGCGAUCCUUACACUGCACACGAGGGAGUUUAAGUCAGUAAGGGAAGCCACCGACGCUGUUGAGCGUGUGAUCUGUGUCCCAGGGGUGCGCUAUGAUCCCCAGGUCCUGCUGACUUCGUACUUGAGAUACUUUUCUCAACCUCUCAGGAACCAGUUGGCGAAAGAGGCCAACAUCAAUAUGCACAACUUCCCUUCGUUCAACAAGGCCGCCCUAGACCUUGAAGCCAAGAUAGGGCAUGGACAGGCACCCACAACGGAUGGGAGAAAGAAGACACUGCCUCCCAACUGGAAGGCGAAGGGUCGCUUGAUGUUCGUCGAUAAUGAUGGUUCCACCAUCGAAGUAGAUGAACACUUCCAGGCGGGAGUAGGUUCAGAGGCGGGCAGCGUAGAAACUUCAGAGGGUGGAGUAGUCACUGCCGUUGCUCUGAAAGGCGAGCCGGUGAAAAUGCCGCCGGAGAUAGAGGGAGUAGUUGCUAAGUACCCUGAUCUAUUAGAAGAGCCAACAGGGGUUGUUGAGAGGGAGGUCGUCCACACGAUAGAGAUUAUCCCAGGGUCUAGUAUUCCGAAGGGUAGGAUCUAUCGGAUGUCUCCAAGUGAGCUUGAUGAGCUUCGCCGCCAACUCAAGGAACUCGUAGAGAAGGGUUGGAUCCGGCCAAGUGUCUCUCCUUAUGGGUCUCCAGUUCUAUUUGUGCCUAAGAAGAAGGAGGGUACUCUGAGGAUGUGCAUUGACUAUAGGGGCCUCAAUGCCAUCACUGUAAAGAACAAAGAGCCCCUACCGCGCAUCGUCGAUCUGUUAGAUAGAGUGCAAGGGUGUCGGUACUUCAGUAAGAUAGAUCUGAAGUCCGGGUACCAUCAGAUUGCAAUCCGGCCCGAUGAUCAGCACAAAACCGCUUUCCAGACCAAGUACGGUCUGUACGAGUUUGUGGUGAUGCCUUUUGGUCUUUGCAAUGCUCCUGGCACCUUUCAGCACGCUAUGAAUCAGAUAUUCCAUGACUACUUAGAUAAGUUUGUCGUCGUGUACCUCGAUGACAUACUUAUUUUUAGUAAGACUGUCGAGGAGCACGUUGCACAUCUGGACAAAGUCCUCAGCCUCCUGUGACAACACAAGUUCAAGAUCAACGGUGAGAAGUGCGAGUUUGGCCGCACCUGUGUCGUGUACUUGGGUCAUGAGAUCUCUGCGGAAGGGUUGAAGCCUAUCACGAGGAUCAGUUCAUGUCUGAGAUUAUACGCAGACUCUAGGCAAAGGACAAGAAGACCUCUGCUGAGUUUGAGUUGGUCAAUGGCUUGCUGUUCCUUGAGAAGGACGGGAAUAAACGAUUGUGUGUCCCAAGUAGCGAGUCUUUGCGUA